GGCCCGAGCCACCCCCUCCCCGCCCCGGGCUUGCGGCCGCCUCCCCUCCUUGCGGGAUGAACACAGCCGCGGCCGCCGCGGGGCCCCAUGGAGGAGCAGGAGCCGCCGCCGCCGCCGCCGCCGCCGCCGCCGGUCCGCCAGCCAACGAGAAUGGCCCUGUCGGGCGGCCCACAUCCCGGAGCCCCCUCCGCGGCCGGCACACCUGGCGGGACCUCUUCCUCCGCCACCGAGGCGGCCGUGCUCUCCUUCAGCACCGUGGCGACCGCGGCGGCCGCGGCGCUGGGGAACCGGAGCGACGCGAACGGGGGCGACAGCACCGGCGCCUCCGCCGGCAGCGCGCUCGGCGGGCCCCGGGCGUUGGGGGCGGCGGGGAGGCCGCCGCCGGGCCCCGAGGCGGCGCCGCUGCUGUCGCACGGCGCGGCGGUGGCGGCCCAGGCGCUCGUGCUCCUGCUCAUCUUCCUGCUGUCUAGCCUGGGCAACUGCGCGGUGAUGGGGGUGAUCGUGAGGCACCGGCAGCUCCGCACCGUCACCAACGCCUUCAUCCUGUCUCUGUCCCUGUCGGAUCUGCUCACGGCGCUGCUCUGCCUGCCCGCCGCCUUCCUGGACCUGUUCACGCCGCCAGCGGGCUCGGUCCCCGCCGCCGCCGCCGCGGGGCCCUGGCGCGGCUUCUGCGCCGCCAGCCGCUUCUUCAGCUCGUGCUUCGGCAUCGUGUCGACGCUCAGCGUGGCCCUCAUCUCGCUGGAUCGCUACUGCGCCAUCGUGCGGCCGCCUCGGGAGAAGAUCGGUCGCCGCCGCGCGCUGCAGCUGCUGGCGGGCGCCUGGCUGGCGGCCCUGGGCUUCUCCUUGCCCUGGGAGCUGCUCCGCGCGCCCCGGGAGCCCCCGGCGGCGCAGAGCUUCCACGGCUGCCUGUACCGGACGUCCCCGGACCCCGCGCAGCUGGGCGCGGCCUACAGCGUGGGGCUGGUGGUGGCCUGCUACCUGCUGCCCUUCCUGCUCAUGUGCUUCUGCCACUACCACAUCUGCAAGACCGUGCGCCUGUCCGACGUGCGCGUGCGGCCCCUGACCACGUACGCGCGCGUGCUGCGCUUCUUCAGCGAGGUGCGCACCGCCACCACCGUGCUCGUCAUGAUCGUCUUCGUCAUCGGCUGCUGGGGGCCCCACUGCUUCCUGGUGCUGCUGGCCGCGGCCCGGCAGGCCCAGGCCGCGCAAGCCCCCUCGCUCCUCGACGUGGUGGCUGUCUGGCUCACCUGGGCCAACGGGGCCAUCAAUCCUGUCAUCUACGCCAUUCGCAAUCCCAACAUCUCGAUGCUCCUGGGGCGCAGCCGGGAAGAGGGCUACCGGACUAGGAACGUGGACGCUUUCCUGCCCAACCAGGGAGCGGGGCUGCAGGCCAGAAGCCGCAAUCGCCUUCGAAACCGCUACACCAACCGGCUGGGAGCCUUCAGCAGGAUGUCUUCUUCCAACCCGUCCAGCGGGAUAGGAGGGGACGUGGCCCUGUGGGCUCGGAAAAAUCCAGUUGUGCUUUUCUGCAAGGAGGGGUCCCUAGAACCAGUGACAGCAGCAGUCAAACAGCCUAAGUCUGAAGCCGGGGAUACCAGCCUCUAAGAAGGGUUGGGAUUCAUAGCGUGUACAAGCCAAGUGUUUCACCUGCGCCGUUUGAUGAUACAGGAUUCCGGGGAGAAUCGCGUAUUUCAUAAAGCCAAACAUUUAAGAAAAGAGACAGAGGGGGAGGCUUACCACUCCCCCCCCAAACAACGUACAAGACAAUGUGCCCUUCUUCAAAAGUGCCGAAUGUAAAAUGCAAACAUUAAAACAAUAUUAAGCCACACAACCAAGCGUUGCGAACUGUGUCAAAAAUGAGAAAAAUGAAAUUCACAAUUACUGAAAAGCUCAUAUUAUAGGAAUCACACUGUGAAACAAACAAACAAACAGAAUCAUUGAAUGCAGCCAGUAUUUGUUCAAAUACAGAGAGUUUCAGGAAAGAAUGGAGACUUUCAGAAUUACUCGAAGGCCCCCCCUAAAUCACCAGCAUUCAACAAAACUUGAGAUUUUUAGAACUUGCACCUCUGACACGCGCUUUGGGUGCUUAGGAUGGGAACGAAAAAUUGUUGUCCUUACACAUUUUGGUGCACCUGCUCGCACCCCAUGUCCUUUCAUAUUUGUGAAACAUUUUAUAUUCAUAUGCCAUUUUAGGCCUUUGAAAGGUGGGUUAUUACCAUAAAGUCAACCGUCUGAAGGACAGAUAGAAGUAUGACAUAAAGAAAUGUGGCUGUUUAAAAAUGUAUUCCAAGAUUAUACUUAAAAAAUGAAUGUCCUUCCUUCUACCCCCAAAACCAUCUUCCUUGGGAAGUUUUGAGGCUUUACCCUUACUCUGUCUAACCUGAUACUUUUGUUUCUAAUCAUAUGGAAGAUGCUGUUCUCAGAGUCCUUUUGCAUUUUUAAAAAAUAACUUUCAUAGGAGAAAGUCUUUGCCUCUUGAGGUAGAUUUGAUUCUUAGAUGCAGCCAAAACUGUAACUUGAAGUCAAGUUGAUUGAAUCGGCUCAGAGUGACAGAAACUCCGCUUCAGGUGAGUACAACCAAGUACACAAGGCUCCCUCUUCCCCAGCUUCCGGUUGAAGACGAUGGUAUCUUCCUGGGAGGAACAGGCCAUCAGAACAUCUCAUCUUUUCAGCCACAUGUUGCAGAGGCUAAAUUCCAGGUUCUUCUGAAGUGAUGUUCACCAUUUUGGAAAGCUACGUCACACUUGGCUCCCCUCGGGAGGUAAUGGGAUGUGAAGAAAACUCUCGCCUCUGUCUGCAUUUGCAGCCUUCGCGAUCACUGUGAUCCUACACUUAGGUGUAAGUAGCCAACUGCUUCAUGUCGUGUGUUCUGCAGUAAAAAAGAACUACUGGUGACACAAGAACAUAAAUUGGAUGCUAGACAUUUGGCCAAGAGAGAAAUCUGCCUAAUAUGUUCUCAAGGGUCCCACUGCACGGGCCAUUUGAAAGGAAACAAUGGUCUACUUGUUCUCUCUCAGAGAACCGAACAAUCAGUGUAAACUGAAAACAUUCUUAACCCUGCUUUACCUGUAGCUGCGGGGGGCUAGAGACAAACUAAAGGAGAGACAGCAGACUUCACCCCUCCUUGGUGGUGGUUAAGCUCCUGCAGAUUUCUGGAUGCCGGGGCUCAAGGCAAGUGCAUAAUUUCUUGAUACCACAACUACCUGGACUCCCACUGUGAAGCUGGGAGAGGGUGUUAAACGGCAUUUCACCUGAUCGGAAAGCCUGACAUACUAUUAAUUCCCCACAAGGAGGCUCCAUUAUCAAGUACAACAGUUUUCAAAGAGGGAAAGGCAUCAACCAGUUCAAAAGCAGCAGCCCAUCACUGUGCAUUAAAUUCCCAUCGUCUUUACAUGCUUUAACAUUCUUAUUGAUUACAGUUUGUUUCUCAUUCUCAUAUAACAAGGUAAUGUAUCAUCUUAGUGCUAGGCAAAACCUUGGACAAACGUAUCAUGUGUUAAGUCCACAAUUCAAGCUGAGUAUACAGAACAGAACAGAGUGAGAGAAGAUGGAGAUUGGU